UGCAUCCACAGGAUAUUAGGAGAGCAGAGGAGCAGGUGCUUCACUUGCUUCCUCUGAACAGACCAGAACUAUACAGGUGAGAUGAAAGGCUUCUGGUUGCUGCUGGUGCUUGUGGCUGCGGCCAAAGCUGAAAAGGGCUUCACUGGAGAUCAGGUUAUCCGGGUCAAUGUGAAGUCAGAGGAACAGAUCCAUCUCCUGCAGGCGUUGGAGACGGCGCAGGAGUGGGAGGUGGACUUCUGGCUUGACCCAGUCUCCACUGAGCUCCCUGUGGACAUCCGAGUGCCCCGCUUCAGUCUGAUCCCUGUGAAGGAGCACCUUACUUUCCACAACAUUCCCUUCACCGUCAUGAUUGAAAACGUCCAGGAACUUCUUGACAAAGAGAAAGCUGAGAUGGAGGCGAACCAGAUGAAGGAACGCAGCACCAGGAGCUUAAACUUUGGAGCCUAUCAUGAUCUCAAUACAAUUUACAGCUGGAUGGACACGCUGGUGGCCGAUUACCCUAACCUGAUCACCAAGCAGCAUAUUGGGGUGUCCUAUGAGAACAGGCCCAUGUAUGUGCUCAAGUUCAGCACCGGUGGUUACAAUCGUCCUGCUAUCUGGGUUGACACUGGUAUCCACGCCAGAGAAUGGGUUACUCAGGCUACUGGAGUGUGGACCGCCAACAAGAUUGCCACGGAUUACGGUACCGACGCCUCCCUCACUUCCCUCCUGAACACCAUGGAUCUUUACAUGCUGAUCGUUGCCAACCCUGAUGGCUAUGUUUUCUCCCACACCAAUGAUCGGAUGUGGCGCAAGACCCGCUCUGUGAACCCUGGCUAUGCGUGCCGUGGAGUCGAUCCAAACAGGAACUGGGACGCAGGCUUUGGUGGCCCCGGUGCCAGUAGCUACCCCUGCUCCGAUUCCUACCACGGCCCCUCGGCUAACUCUGAGAUCGAGGUGAAGAACGUGGUGAACCUGAUCCAGAGCCACGGCAACUUCAAGGCCUUCAUUUCUGUCCACUCCUACUCCCAGCUGCUCAUGUACCCUUACGGCUAUGUCUGUAGCAGCGCAAACCAUCAGGCCGAGCUGCAUUCUGUUGGCAGAGCAGCAGCGCAGAAACUGACGUCUCUCUAUGGCACCGCCUACCAGGUUGGAAGCAUCUGCAAUAUCAUCUAUCAAGCCAGCGGGGGUAGCAUUGACUGGUCCUACAAUUCGGGAAUCAAAUACUCCUUUGCCUUCGAGCUGAGGGACACUGGCCGCUACGGUUUUAUCCUGCCAGCUGAUCAGAUCAUCCCCACUGCCUCAGAGACAUGGCUGGCCUUGAAGCAUAUCAUGGAGUAUGUCCGUGACCAUCCUUAUUGAGGACUGUAUAACCACAGAUAGAGGAGAAACUUAAAAAUUGGCUGACUCAGCUUUGAAUUUAAAGCUUCCUCGACUUUAUCAUUGUGAGACCAAUAAAAACCCAACAUACCCGUUUUAUCUGUCUUUCAGCAGA